UCUGGAAGUUCGAUUAUCACGAUGACGUUGUGCGAGACUCCAAAGCGCAGGUCCGAAGCGCCUCAGUCGAUGCAGGGAACCUUGCCGGAACGACGCUCUCGUCUCCCCGCGCGACGCAGUUACAGUUUGUUUUGAUUGUGACACUCACUCCUAACCUACAAUAUUUCACGAUGGAUUCCCGACACAGUUCGAUUGCACCCAUAUAAUCCAAGGUGGAAUUCGACGUCCCUGCAGGCACUGAUGAUUUUUCUUAGGCGUCUGUCAUCCUCUCAUCAUGGGCGUCGGCACGUACCGUCAAUUGGUGGCUGGCAUCACAGCGUCCAUCUCGGUGAUGUGCCUGGGCAUUGCCAUGGGCUGGAGCUCACCGAUCCUCCAGAAGUUCGCGACCGAGAGGCCGUCCCCAAUCCUGCCGGUACCGACCGAGGACCAGCUCUCCUGGAUGAUCGCCUUCAUGGAGUUCGGGAACCUCUUCACUCCGGUCAUCACCGGGAUCCUCGUCGACGUCAUCGGGCGCCAGAAGACGCUCGUCCUCAUCGGCCCUCUCUUCGCCCUCAGCUGGCUCAUCAUCUACCUCUCGCAGACCAUCUACUUCCUCUACGUGGCCCGCGUCAUCCAAGGCCUCGGCUGCGGUGUCGUCUACACCGCCGUCCCCAUCUACCUCGGCGAGAUCUCCGACCCCAAGGUCCGGGGCGCCCUCUCUAACCUCUUCCAAGGAUUCAUGUACAUCGGACUCCUUUACGCUUACGUCCUCGGUCCGUUUUACUCGUACAGUAACUUCACUUUAUUCUGCAUGGCGAUCCCACUAGUCUACUCGAUCUCCGUAUUAUUCGUGCCUGAAACGCCUUACUUCCUCUUGAUGCAGAAUAAAGACACGCUCGCGCGGAAGGUGCUUCGGGAAUUGCGCGACUCCACGGACGACAUCAACGAGGAGAUGCGCGUCAUGAAAGAGUCCGUGGAGAAGGAGAUGGAAGGCGCUAAGAAUCCCGACAAGAACCGCAAGAUCACCAACAUCAAGUUAUUCCUCAUCUCGCAAUUCUUCGGGUCGUGUCAGAUCAUGACCAACAUGUACGCGAUCCUAUCCUACUCUUCGAUGGUGUUCGACAAAGGCGGGUCUCAUUGGUUGACGCCCGACCAGUACACUAUAUUCCUGGGUGUCGUAACUCUCGUUUCCACGGUCCCCUCCUCGUUCCUCGUCGACAAGCUGGGGCGGAAACCUCUGCUCGUGACUUCGGCCGUCACGUGCGGGGUGUUGGAGCUCCUGGCGGGGGUCUACUUCCUCCUGCGGGAGCGGAACGCCAUCCAGGGCGACGACUACGGCUGGUGCGUCUUCGUCUUCGUCUCGGGUCUGUCCUUCUGCUACUCCUUCGGCCUGGGGCCCAUCAUCCCGACGAUCCAGUGCGAGCUGUUCCCGACCAACGCCCGCGGCCUCGCCUUCGGGCUCACCAUCCUCAUCACCUCCGUCACUGCCUUCCUCAACAUCUUGCAGUUCCAGUGGUUCGCCAGUUCGCCCAAGCUCGGCAUGAGCGCUAAUUUCUUCUUCGGGUGCGUUAUGUGUCUCCUGGUGGCCGAGUUCACGGUGGCCGUCAUGCCCGAGACAAAAGGCCGCACCUUCGCUGAGAUCCAGCUCUUGUUCCAUAAGGACGAGGGGGUGGAGCGCGUUUCCGUCCUUGAAGCGGGGGAGGGAGAUGGGCCGGAUAGUCGACUCAACCCUGAGGAGAGAGAGCAGGACGAAGGAGCAGGGGUCGGAAGCUGAUUUCCUGUCCUUGCCGCAAAGAUGGCCAUCAAACUUCAGAAUGAGACGCAGCGAAGCCGAGAACUUUGGGAAGGGCAACGUCAUCAAUCGCCCUUUGCCCCUGAUAUUUAAAUUGAAGAAUUUUUCUAGCAAUUUAGGUCCAAUUUUGUCGAUAAGUAACUGCUUCUUUGAAUUUUGAAUUUAACCUAAUAUGGGGCUGAUGAGGGUCAAUUGGACGUAUUUCUGCCAAACGGAACUGUGUGCAUUAGGACAUGAGCUCUGAGACCCAUAAGCAUAUGUGCAUAACAGGGCUCAUGUCAUGUUCUGUUUGGCAGAAACACGCUCAAUUUAUCCUCUCAAAAAUGUUGCCUCCUUCCAGCAAUCUUCACCCUCAGCUCAGGCUAAAAUAACAAACCUGAUGUACUGUAUUGAACUGCUUGCGUACAUUUUUUAUGCCCUUAUUGGAAAUGGGCCUAAACUCAUUAGAGAGACAAAUGGAUUACGAUAAAUUACAACCGGUGAGUUUGAAGUUUUUAACGAACCCACAAUAUUAGAGUCAAGAGUAAUUACUUAAACUCUACAUUUUUGGUAGUUUAAACAAAUAAUUAUUAAAACCCAGUCACAUGAAAGCGGUGCAAUUUUGAAAACAUCGUGGAUAGUUAAGCUUAAGCACCGACUACUUUUAGGGGUGAUGAGCUGAACUACAAUUUCACCCUUCCAUGUAAAAAACAAAUAAUUAUUAAAACCCAGUCACAUGAAAGCGGUGCAAUUUUGAAAACAUCGUGGAUAGUUAAGUUUAAGCACCGACUACUUUUAGGGGUGAUGAGCUGAACUACAAUUUCACCCUUACAUGUAAAAAGAGUCUGUCUACAAUGAACUGAAUUUGUAUUGGUGCUUUUUUCAUGUAUAAGUCAAAUCAAACAUGGUGAUUUCAGUUUUAGUCAGUCACACAUGUGCCCUCUUAACUAGAUUUCCAUGCAGCAGAUAUUAUAGCUGCACCACCGAAGAGAGCAAUGCUCCUACAAGUACUUGACAGUUAGCCAAGAAUCUACUCGCUGCGCAAGUCUUUGGCAGGUGGAAUUUUAAAUGACGGCAGACAACGAGACACUUUGAGUUGGCAUAGCAUUAGCUUCGCACAAACCCUUCUCUUUCACGGUGAAAAAGAAAGAAAGUAAGUAAAAGAAGUAAGAAAGGACUGAAUAAUAUACUUAUGUAUUUUAGGAUAAUUUUGUUUGCAUCACUGUUCAAACUUGAAUUUGUGUCCAAUUUAACUUACUAAAAAAAUAUGAAUUCCAUUUUGGAAAAAGAUGUUCUAGCAUGCAUUCAUAAACCGCUUUGUAAAAUUGACAUUUUCAGUAUUAUAAAAUGAGAUUCUUAUUUUGAGAUAGUUUAUUGAUUUACAUUGAAUUCUCAACAAAUAUCUAGUUAACAAAUAUUUUCAGUUAUUCAAUUUCUUACUCUUAAUCAGUGAAUGAAUUUUGAUUAACUUCCUUCUGAUAUUGUACGAGAUUCACUUAAAUCAUGUCUUUAAAUCAAUGAAUUUUGAUUAACUUCCUUCUGAUAUUGUACGAGAUUCACUUAAAUCAUGUCUUUAAAUCAAUGUGAUAGUUCUAUUAAGAUUUUAUUGUCGGUUAAAGAAAAAAUUCUUGUGAUGUAAACACAGACAAGUGCCUAAAAUAGUUAUAAGUGGUUCCUUAUCUUUGUAUAAAUAAUGGUUAAUCAUAUGCUGCUAGGUUAUUUUCAUUUGUACAACUAUGAUCCAAUUCUAUGUAUAUAUGUAAUGUCUUCAUUUUUUAUAAGAACAUACAGAUAUAAAAUAAACAUUGCGCGUUUUUUUAUAUUAA